AUGAAUGAAAUUAAGGAAGAGGUGAUUUGUUUAAUGGGGAAAAUAAAACAGAAAAGGAUAGGGAGAAGGCAAGUAAGAAACGAUUCUCUCCUGAAAAUGAUCAGACCUGAGUUUCACAAAUCUUUAGUUGUGACAGGUAUCACAGAGUAUCGUCAUAUUUCCCUUGGAUUACCAAACAAAAUCUGGGUAAGUGAUAAAAAUAGCUUAAUCUUGACCAGUGCAAAUGGUGACAUACUGCAUCAGCUGGCAGUUACAAAUAAUGGUGCUGGUGUACACACAGUGACCAGAGAAAAAGAACUCAUUUACAUGAAUCAAAAUGGUAACAUCUGCAAACUUUCACUAGACAACACAACAGAGUCAACACUAGUAAAGAGAUCAGAUCCAUGGAAACCACAUUGUAUCUACAGUUCCCUGUUAAAUGGAGAUUUAGUGGUAGGUUCUGGUAAAUAUGAUAUAGGUAAAGACUAUCAUAUAGAAGCAAAAGUAACCCGGUACAACAAUAAAGGAUCACUGCCCCAAACUAUCCAAUACAAAGGCGAUGGCCAGACACUUUAUAAUUGUCCUGUAUACAUAACAGAGAUUAGCAGGCAUGGGGAUGUUAUUGUGUCAGAUUUUAGAACUUCACACAGUGGUGCUUUGGUUGUAACAGACAGUGAAGGAGGAUAUCGAUUCUCCUACAUCGGACCCCCUACAGGAGGACUACAAAUUUUACCAUGUGGGAUUUGUACAGACGUACUAUCAAACAUCCUGGUGUGUUGUGGCGACACAGGCUCCAUACAAGUGAUUGACAAAGACGGCCAUUUUCUAUUACGACUGUUCAGAUUUCCAGACAUCAAGAUGCCAUGGUGCCUGGCCUAUGAUAACACAAACCACCUUUUAUGG